AUGGCGCCAACAAGGUUGGCAUCGAAGUCGAUCGGCAUUAAUGAGAACAUGAAUGGCAUUGUGAGCCAUGGCAUUACGACAAGAAGUAAGCAAUUAGCUUCUUUGAAGACCUACAAAGACAGCCUUAAGGCGCCAAACAAGAGAAAAGCUGAUAGCCCCUUAAAAGACAUGACCGCCAAAAGAGCUGCUUUUGGAGAUAUCACCAACGCUUUCAACAAAUCCGUAGCAAAUGAAAAGGAUAAAAGCAUGGCUAUGAAAAAAGUAACAGUGGAGAGCAAAAUGCUCCCAGUUGUAAAGAGCAUCAAACCUCAGACAACAGUAAAUGGCAAAACAUCAAAAGCUAAGCAACUACAAAAGGUAGCCACAAAUGCCAUUGAAAGUGUUCAAAGGCAUUUUGUCAAAGAAUUUCCAUCAAAGCCUAUUACAACACGAGCACAGAAUGGCAUCCUCAAAAAUAUUAUCAGAAAAUCACUUGAUAAGGAGAAUCAAAAUCAAAGUCAUUGCUCUGCAAAAUCUACCCGCAGUGAUGUUUCAGAGGCAUCCUUGUAUACAACAGCUUUAGAAAACAAUAGCCCAAAUGAAACAAAAGAGGAAUACAAAACUAUUAGUGAAAAAUUGGACAAAGUGAACUUGGAUGACUCCUGUAGGUCCCUGGAUGAAGAAACCGAAACGCCCCACCAAGUGCCUGAGGGUGUAGUUGACUUUGACUUGGAGAACUGGAAUGAUCAUUUCCAAGUGUCUUGCUAUGCUAUGGACAUAUUCAACUAUUUAAAGACUAGAGAACCCCUUUUUCCAAUUGACGACUACUUGGUACGAAUGAGAGGAAUCACAUCUUGGAUGAGGGCUCUCCUUGUGGAUUGGAUGGUUGAGGUUCAGGAGAGUUUUGAACUUAACCAUGAAACUCUAUACCUCGCUGUAAAGCUGGUAGAUCUAUUUCUGACGCGCUCAAGCAAAAUGCAACCAGAGAGAGAGCAUCUUACUAAGGAAGAGCUACAGUUACUAGGAGCAUCUGCCCUCUUUAUUGCUUCUAAAUUUGAUGAAAGAAUUCCACCACUAGUAGAUGACUUCCUAUACAUCUGUGAUGGAGCUUACACCCUCAACCAGCUACUUAAGAUGGAAAUGAAAAUCUUGAAGACUAUAAACUACGACCUUGGCGUCCCACUGUCGUACAGAUUCUUACGGAGAUACGCCAGGUGUGCUCGGGUGUCCAUGCCGACCUUGACUCUGGCGCGGUUCGUCCUAGAACAGUGUUUGUUGGAGUACAACCUCGCUCCUUUAUCUGAUAGUAAGAUGGCUGCUGCUGCUCUUUACCUUGCUCUUAGAAUGAAGAACAUCUCACACUGGACCAAUACAUUGGAGCACUAUACCGGAUAUACACUAAAAGAAAUCCUCCCCAUUGCACUACUUCAAAAUGCUGUACUUCACAAAAAACCCAAGUCCGCAAUCAGUACUGUCCGGAAUAAAUAUUCUCAUACAAUAUUCUUUGAAGUAGCCAAAGUGCCCCUGGUCGAUGAUUCCGUUUUGACCAGCUGA